AUGGCCAAUAUUCCCAUGGCCGGCCCCGUUGGCGGUCCAUCGCCAAUGAUGGCCAAUACACUGGCCGCACAACAACAACAGGUCCAAAGCCAAGGAAAUAAUCGAACGGUUCUCAACACAUACAUCUACGACUAUUUUCUUCGAGAGGGCAUGUACGACUGCGCGCGCCAAAUGCUCAAGAGCGAGCAAACCCUUAACGUCAUUAAAGAAAGCCCCGGCCGUCGGCGAGACGAGAAUAGCAAUGCUUUGGGCAAUGGUGUAGGUGACGAUCCUAUGGACACUGAUAGUAAGGACGACAUAGACUCAAAGCGACCCGCGGAUCUUCCCAUACCGAACGUCCCGGCUGCCGCCGAAAAUAGCUUUCUUUACGAGUGGUUCUGCUUAUUCUGGGACAUGCUUUACGCUCAACGUAACAAGCCUGGCAUUAGUCCACACGUAAGUCAUUAUGUUCACCAUACUCAGCAACAAAAUCGUCAGAGACAAACAGAACAGCAAGCAAUAUUACGAGGAAUGCGACAAGACAUCUACGGCCAGAACCGAAUGAUGGGAAUGCCAAAUGGCAUGCAAGUUAAUGCGAAGCAGCAACAGAACCUAGCCAGGACUGCCAUGGCGAACAACCAGAAUAAUCCCCAAGCCAUGCACAUGUUGCAGCAGGCGAAGCAGAAUCAGAUGCAGCGCGACGGUUCGAAUAUGGACGGUAAUCAAAACCGCCCAGGUUCUCCUGGCUCGGCAGAGAAUGCGCCGUCGCCGAGCAAGAGGCCACGUCUAGAUCCAUCAGGACCUUUCAAUCCUCAGCAAGGAGGCAUGAUGCCUAAUGGACAACGACCGCAGCAAGGAAUGCCCGGACAACAAGUAGGCAACAUACCCAGAAAUACUGCUAUAACCCAGCAUAUGCUCUUAACAAACGGCAUCAACCCAGCUAAUCUAUCCGCUGAACAGUUCCAGAACUUCCAAGCCCAGCCACCGCAGGCCCAGGCCAAAUCGAUCCAGACGUAUUCACAAAACCUGCAGCAGCACCACGGCCAGCAAAUAACUAACAAGCAGAUGCCCAACCCUGGCGGACCUCAGGGCCAAUCGCCUAUGAUGCAGGGCGGACCCAAUGAUGUUGCAAUUACAGCACUCUAUAACACAGACGGAAUGGGCGGUCCAGGAGUAGUGAGGCCCGGUGCACCAGGUGGUGCUCAAGGGGCGGGCGGCAGUAACCAUGCUCUGCAAGACUACCAAAUGCAGCUAAUGUUGCUGGAGCAGCAGAACAAGAAACGCCUUCUGAUGGCAAGGCAGGAGCAAGAUAGCAUGGGCGGUAUGCCUCGAGCGGACGGAGCUGGUCCCGGUGGCCCCGGUGCACCUGGCGGCCCUGGUCCGAACGGACAGACUUUCCAAGACCCAUCUACUCAAGGGGCUCGCACAGGAGCUUCACCCAACCCUGCCGACCAGAUAAAGCGCAAUACUCCGCAGAUGAACCACGCUACGAUCCCCUCACCGAUGACUGAUGGCGCACAAUCGAGAGGCUCGCCAAACCAGAUGAAUUUUGUACAGAAUGGAAUGGAUCCCAACAUACAGGGCCAUUUCUUCAAGAAUAUGAACGGAAUGGAUUCCAAUAUGGUAGCUGCGCAAAUGAACGGCGGAGGAGCCAUGCGACCCCCAAGCUCCCACCCCAAUCAACCUUUUAACGGCCAGAUGAAUCCUCAAAUGAUGAGGGCCCAGCAGGGUCCCCAAGGUGGCCCCCAAAUGCAAUGGCAGCAGGGACCGAAUGGAAACGGAAUGGCGCUUCAAGGACCUCAAGGUCCAGUCCAGGGCACGCCGCAACAACGAUCUAUGCCGCCCCCAUCGGCUCCGCCGGCUGUCAGCAACGCUGCUACAGGCCGCGCAACGUCGUCACCACAACAGAAUAAUGCGGCUCCACCUACCCCUCAGCAAUCCAACAAGGCGGCACCUAAAAAGAAGGACAAUAAGAACGCGAAGAGCAAGGCUGCGGCUCAGAAGAAGGUAUCCCAACCUACAGGUGCAACACCCGCCUCGGAAGCCGCCCAGGAACCGGAACCGCCCACUCCCGUUACACCCGUCAACACUGCGAACUUCAAUAAGAACGGCCAGGCCGUGGGCGCUCAGCCAACAGCGAAUGCGCCUGUAUCGGCUCCUCCACCGGCUCCUGCGCCAGUUGCAGCACCACAAGCGCACCCGGACCCUUCGCAAAUGAACCCGACGUUUGGCAUGGACAACAACAGUGCAAUGGACUUUAACAUGCCGUUCGCGGACCCUAUGCAGACUGGCGAUGUCCUGCAGGACUUUGAUUUUGAUUCUUUCCUACACGACGGUGAUGCCGACCCCGGAACCUUUGAUUUUGGUACUACAACAUUUGGUAUGGAAGGGGCUGGGGAAAUUGGGGCGGAGUAG